UCUCCAGCUCCCGAGGUCGGCUUCUUCAGCUCCUGCACAUAUCUCGCUAUAUAUUGUUCCUACAGACAUCAUGGAUGUAUUCUACACCUACACCUAUGCCACGGCAGGAUGGCUCUCCCUCCAAAGCAUCACACUUCUCACAGUCCCACAAAUGAUAACAGCAAUACUGAUUGAUGAAGCGAGACCUGCUACCAAUUGGUGGCUGACCCAAUUCGCCCGUCUAGCUAUCGAGGUCUACUUCGCCCGCUGCCUGGGGUUAGGUCUCCUCACUAUCGCUGCCCUAACAAUCAUGUUGACCGGAUCAAUUCCUCUAACGUCGACCAUCUCCGCGCCAGUCUCAACGGAGGAGGCCGAUCCGAAAGCUCCUUACGCCGUCCCCACCUUGAUGGUGACUUCUGUUUAUCACGCUAUGAGCGCGUCCUAUGCGUACACGAGAUACCUAAAUACGAACCAAGGCGUCUUCAUAUUCGCGAUCGCCGGGUACUCCCUCAUUGCGUCAAUCGGUUUGUGGUGUCUCUUAUUUGGGAGUGAUAAUGGACGGAUCAGUCGAAGAACCGGGGCAGACAAGCGUACCGCAGGGUUCCCGUUCAAGAAUAGCGAGGCGGCAAAGAAACAUUCCGGAAAGAUUUUCUAG